AUGAAUCCAUUAGAAUCAAAGAAAUUAAAAAUUUUAUGCCUUCACGGUUUCAAACAAAAUUCAAGUUUAUUUAAAUCAAAGACAGCAGUUUUAAGAAAAUCGAUUAAAGAUAUUGCAGAAUUGGUUUAUGUUGAUGCACCACAUAUUGUUGACGAAACAAAAGGAUCAGCAUCAUGGUGGAGGGCAUCCAAGGAUGGAAAAGAAUAUAGAGGGUGGGAACAAACAUUAGAAUAUCUUCGUUCAGUUUUUGAAAAGCAAGGACCUUUUGAUGGUGUUUUAGGAUUUUCCCAAGGUGCAGUUUUAGCAAGUUUACUUUGUUCAUUAUCAUCAUUAAAUGCAGAACCAAGUUCAAACCUUUCAGAUUAUUAUAAACAAACCAAUUAUAAUUUCUUCAAAUUAAAAUUUGCAUUGUUAUUUAGUGGUUUCCAAAGUAGAGCAACUAUUCAUCAACCCCUUUAUCCAUACAACCCUUUACUAUUACAAGAUUUAGUUGUAAAUAGUUGUACUUGUAAUUCAACUGGAUGUGAAAGUAAUCAUCAAAAUUUAGAAUCAUCUACUGCCAAUGAAACAUCAUCAUCAUCCAACAAUACAUCACUAUCAUUAUCAUCAUCCUCAUCAUUAAGUUCACCAAAUACUCCACCACCAUCAUCAUCAUCAGCAUCCUCAAUAAUACCUACUCAACACUAUCCUCUAAAUAAAAUUACUACACCAUCACUUCAGGUUUGGGGUAAAGCUGAUGAAUUGGUCGCCUCUGCAAAUUGUGAAGCUUUAUCACAACAAUUUUUAAAUCCAGAAACAUACGUCCACGAACAUGGCCAUUUAAUUCCAACAAGUAAAUCUGAUAUUCAAAUUUAUAAAAACUUCCUUUCAAAAUUUAUAUAACAUUCACAAACAUUUAAUUUUAAAUUUUAGUAUAUGCAAUUAAUUACCAUCACCAAACAAUAAAGCCAGUUUUAUUCUUUUAUAAAUAACUCAAUAAUAACCUUUAAACAAAUAUUAAG